GUAAAGUGGAUUUGAACUUGCAGCCAGUGCUGAGAGGUGGAAGAGGUCCGAGCAGCAGCAGCAGCAGCAGCAGCAGCGCACAUCUGCCGCACCGCUGGAAGGAGCGACGCGGAGGACUUCUGCUGGAAGAGUUACAAGUGAUAAACUGACACAACUGGACCUUUUCUGGACUUUUUUUUUUCUCUUUCUACGUUUUAUAAGAUUGUGUUGAGAUGAUCCCACACGUCCUCACACACCUGCUCUGCCUGGUGUGUGUGUGUUCUGCUCGUCCUCAGCCAGCAUCACCGCCCUCGAUGAAGAUGGAGAAGAACUCUCCUGCGACCGGCUCGCUGGCAGGCCGGGUGGUGCUGCCCUGCCACUUCACCAUAACGCCCCUUUCUCCUUCGCACACCACGCCAGCUGCUACACCCGCACCCCUCCUCCCCGGUCACACCCUCCCGAGGCCCGAUGAGGAUCUGAGGAUCAAGUGGACCAAGCUGGAGAAAGAUGGGGAGAAGGUGGUGCUGGUGGCCCAGCGAGGGUUGGUCAAGGUGGGGCCGGAGUACUCGAGCAGGGUGUCGGUGCCGAGCCACCCGCUGUCGGUCGGGGACGCCUCUCUGAUCAUGGUGCGGCUGAGGGCGAGCGACGCGGGGCUCUACCGCUGUGAGGUCAUGCACGGGAUGGAGGAUUCCCAGGACACCGUCAGCCUCAACGUCACCGGUGUGGUCUUCCACUACAGAUCGAACACCAGCCGCUAUACUCUGGACUUUCCUGGAGCUGUGGAGGCUUGUAGGCUCGCAGGCGCCACCAUCGCUACACCCGAACAGCUCAAGGCCGCUUUUGAGGACGGACUCAACCAGUGUGACGCCGGCUGGCUCGCCGACCAGUCGGUCAGGUAUCCAAUCACGGUGCCCCGUCCGGGCUGCACAGGUGAUCUGAUGAGCAGACCAGGAGUGAGAACAUACGGCAUCCGUGACCCCACGGAGAAGUACGACGUCUACUGCUACGUGGAUAAACUAAACGGCGAGGUCUUCUAUCCGCCUUCUCUCAAGGAUAAACUCACCUUCCAGCAGGCGAGAGAGGAGUGCGAGAAACACGACACUGUCAUGGCGUCGCCCGGUCACCUGUACGCAGCCUGGAGGGCGGGGUUAGACCGCUGCGACUACAGCUGGCUGUCCGACGGCAGCGUCCGCUACCCCACCACCGUCCCCAGGCCUCAGUGUGGAGGUGGCCUGCUGGGGGUCCGCACGCUCUACAAGUUUGAAAACCAGACCGGCUUCCCCGACCCCACGGAGGAAUUCGGAGUCUUCUGCUUCAAAGCCAAACUACCAGAUCCAACUACCACGAGUCCACCGACGACCCCACCUGAGGUCAAACCUGACAGCCACACAUCCACUCCCGAACCACUCGUAGACCCCGAAAGAGCUGAAAUUCAAGCAAGAGCACCGGCUUCUGUCACACAUUCACAAACAGAGAGACCACACACAGCCUCACCAGACCAACCUGGAGCCCCCCACACAGAGACGGACCACACCACAGCCGCUGCGACCCCGACGCCCAUGUUCGACGACUAUGACGUUGGAAAUUUUGAUAACUCACACAGGUUAGAGUCGGUGCCGGUUAGGGGAGACGCUCUGAACCCCAUGCAGUUCCCUCCUUUACCCACCACCCGCUCGCAGCCCGCACACCUUGACAUCUCCCACGGGGGAGAGGACGGAGGCCAGGCGGGGUCGGGCCGAGGUGAGAGCAGCGGGGAUGGAGGCAACAGCGGUGACAGCUCUAGUGGGGCUGAGGUGGGAGCAGUGGUGAGCCCAACUCAGGUGUGGGUGGAAACCACACCGAGACCACCGCAGCUUCUACCGGUCUCUCCACUGGUGGUCAUUCCAGCAAUUCCCACCCCAGAACCAGGUCUUCCAUCUGGGACCGAAGAGGCGAGGCAACAACCCGCUGUUGUCUUUAAAGAGGACGUCACACCUGGAACCGCACUGACGUUCAACGUCGACCAAUCGCUGGCCGUCCCUGGAGACAGGGAGUCAUCAGCCAAACCACCUUUCCAUCUGAUCAUCGUCAACGUGCACGAGCAAAAUGACUCAGUUAGCCGUAUCCUGGACCUCUUGAACAAACCUGGGGACGGCAUCUCUAAUUCCAACUUCCCCCAGAUCACCGACUUCUCGCACAUUACCAGCGAAGCUGUUCUGGGCAGUGGAGACGCUGAUUCUCUGGAAGCUUCGCCCCUCAACCUGCCACCUACCGUCAGCUUUGUCAAUGGAAAACAUGAGGUGACAUUUGAGCCAGAGCUGCCAGAGGAAGCAAGAGGAGAUCAGUUUGAGACGGCCACUCCCGUUCAGGUGGGUGAGGUGGAGGUAGAAGAAGAGACGGAGGUGGAGACCGCGACUCCCUUUGACUACGCCGCCAUAGAAAUCCACACUGAGGAGACACCUACAGAAGAAACAAGUGAUGCAACCACUCACCCAUACACAUACCCAGAUGUAUUAACAGACUCGGAAGUUGAUGCCGACACGUUCCCUGAUGUUUUCACUGAAUUUGAUGGCAUCAAAACGCAAGAAUCAGGAGAUCAGAUGGCAACAAGCACCACCACCAUGACCCCACUCCCUGUCUCAUCAACAACACCAUCGGGCCCAGCUCUCCCUGGUAACUUUACGACGGUCACUGAGGGAGUCAACACCUACGAGGACAUGGAGGGCUCUUCAAACAGUUUAACUGAUGACGAUGCAGGUGCUGUACAGGAGGGCUCUGCAAGCGACACUCUUCCCACCCUGGCCACAGGCAGUCAGUCUGGUGUCAUUACAGAUGAGACAGAAAUCGGAUGGACGGAGCCUCCGACUUCAAUCCCAAAAACACAGUCACAUGAAACCACCCCACAGACUCAGACGGAAGACUCGGAAGGGUCUGCCUCUGGAGAAGAUGAGGCCUCAGGACAAGAUGCUUACCCACCAGAGACGAAGGACGAGGAUGGAGGCUCAGGUGCAGAGCAGCUGUCCGGCUCCGGGGAGGGCUCUGGGGAAGGCUCGGGGGAACAGGGUGGUCUGGAUGACCUUCCUAGAGAGGUCAUCGUUACUGUUUUACCAGAUGUGCCAGUUCUGGCUUUUGGAGGCCAAACCACACUCAGCGCAGACACCAAGGACAUAACCUCAGAACCUACCACACCAACAUACCCCACACACCCCUCCCUUGCUGUCACAGAUGGUAGGAAACAUCCCGCUGUUACCACCAAACCUGCAGCUACAACCACUGAAGACCACACCCCACCAACCACGGAGCUUUACAGACUUCAGACGGAGCAGUCCACCAAAACCUCAAAGCAGUUUGUAAGCCAGACGGAGCAGCCCACCACAUCCUCCACGCAGUUCAUAAGCCAGUCGACGCUUUCCACGACUUCGCCCUUGUACACUUUCGACCAGAGCCCGCACUCCGUCCCCCAGUGGGCUCUGAUCCCUGACCCCGCUGCCACCCUUCUACCAGAGGAUGAUUCUGAGGUCUAUGACAAAGAGGUAGUCGCACCGCUGCUGGAGUCUCGCCCUCAGAUGCCAGAACAGACCCCGGCGACGCAGCAGCCAGAGAGCGGCACUGAAUCAGCUUAUUCUGUGGAGGCCAGCACUGUGAAUGUCAGAGAUCUCCUGCCUUGCACGACCAGUGUGUGUCAGAAUGGAGGCUCCUGCUACAAGAAAGGAGCACAAAAUAUCUGCGUGUGUGCACCUGGGUACUCUGGGCAGCUCUGUGAAACAGACGUCGACGAGUGCCAGUCGAACCCGUGUCUGAACGGAGCCACCUGUCUGGAUGGAGUCAACUCCUUCACCUGUCUCUGCCUCCCCAGCUACGCGGGAGAGCUCUGCGAACAAGACACGGAGCUUUGUGGAUUUGGUUGGCAGAAGUUUCAGUCUCACUGCUACAAGUACUUCACACACCGUCGGACCUGGGACGCUGCAGAGAGGGAGUGCCGGCUGCACGGCGGCCACCUGGCCAGCAUCCUGUCCCACGAGGAGCAGCUGUACGUCAACCGUCUGGGCAGUGACUAUCAGUGGCUCGGCCUCAACGACAAGAUGUUUGAGAGAGACUUCAGAUGGACGGACGGCAAGCCGAUGCAAUACGACUUCUGGAGGCCGAACCAGCCCGACAGCUUCUUCCAGUCCGGAGAGGACUGCGUGGUGAUGAUCUGGCACGAGGGAGGGCAGUGGAACGACGUGCCCUGCAACUAUCACCUGACUUUUACCUGCAAGAAGGGAACAGUCUCAUGCGGGCAGCCCCCUGUGGUGAAGGACGCUCGUGUCUUUGGGGCCAUGAAGCCUCGCUACGAGAUCAACACCCUGCUGCGUUAUCACUGUAAACAGGGCUUCAUCCAGAGAUUCACCCCCACUAUACGCUGCCGGGCCAACGGCCAAUGGGACGUCCCCAAAGUCACCUGCACAAGCCCUGCAACCUACCACAAGUCACUUACCCUCCGGCGCCGCAACAACCAGAACAAUGAGCAACAAAACCGGCACCACAACCACCACGUUGAGCACAAGAGUCACCAGAAGCCCAACCACAACGGAGAGCAACAACAGAGUUACAACAUCUUACAGAGCUUCAUCAAGCCGUUUUUCCAGAACCGAGUGGAGCAGCCGCAGAGGGAGAAGAGGCAUCAGCGGGUCCAGACGCACACUGAGGAUCAGAUGAGACACUGAUUGGGUUUGUUUCUUUUUUUUUUUUCUAAAAUCAGCUUAGCGGUUGCAGCCAAACACACUAGGCUGUCUUCGUCAGUCCCGAGGCAUCUACAGACAGAUGGAUGCACUGAACUGUCUCCCAACGGCUCCCAACAGGACGAAGGGACACGAUUCACCCGUACACACCAGUCCAGAAACACUCCAGGAUCUGAUCCGCAACACGAGGGACACUUUAGUUUUAAUUUGUAAAGUUAGCUCACUGAUCAUAUCGAGCUUCUAAACAGGGAGACUGGUGUCUUAAUGGCUUCACUGUGUGGGACUCUUAAUACACCACAUGAGGAAUCUGUGAGUCAUCACUGUUCUCUGAUCAGCCCAGAGGUGCCCUGUGGAGUUUACUUUCAUUGUUUCUCACCAGAACUCAGUUUCUUGUAUCAUUGAGGUUUAGUGAGUUUGUUGUAAAUUCGUUUUUUUUGUGCAGAAUUUCAGACUAUUGUUGUUUAUUUGCUGGUCUGGAGACUCUCGAGGGUUCAGCCUGUCGCGACAAACAAAAAAAGUUCGCCACGAUAAAGGUCUUUGUUUUUUUCAUCCCUAAAAUGUAAGUUUUAUACAUGAAAAAAGAAAAAAGUCAUGCAUGAAAAAACAUUUUUUUUUAGAGGACAACAAUAUUUUUCAGGAUUUUGCCAAAAAGCUUUUUUUUGUUUUGUUUUUUUUUUAUUUGUGAAACCGACUGAAAUGUCAUUUUCAGGGCAUUAAAAUGUUUUCAUGCAUGAAAAUGAGUGAUCUGAUUUUCAGGCAUAUUUUUUAAUGAAUGAAAAGCUUAAACCCUGAUUGAAUUGUUCUUUUUGGGGAAACAAAAAUGUGAUGCCGGAAACCGAGUGAAUUUUUGUUUUUCAGAAAUUAGGUUUCUUUUUUUUUCAGGAGAAAUGACUUUUUCUUGUUUUUUUUCAUAUGUGAAACCGACUAAAAUCUUGUUUCAAAUUAUAACACAUUUUUUACCAAAACAAAGACAUGACAGUUAUGUGACGUCACCUGCUAACACACUAGAGAUGUAUAUUAUGUUUAGUGUGCACAGAGAAAUUAAAAUGCUCUUGUUUUCACAUUCUCCUAAAAAAAAAACCCAAAACAUUUGGUUUCACGAAUGGAAAAAAUAUUCUCCUGAAAUUAUUUUUUUUAUGUCCAUGACACUGAAUUUAUUCAGCAGGGAUCCAUGUGAGAAACCUACCAAAAACAAACAAACAAAAAAAUCAGGAGAAAAUAUUUUCAUCUAUGAAACUGAGUGAAUUUUAUUUUGGGGGGGAAGAUACAAGACAAAACAAAAAAUCUUUCAGGUUCACAAACAAAACAAAAAAAUUUACUUGGUUUCACAUUCUCCUGAAAAAAGAAUAAAAUAAAUUGGUUUCUUGAAUGGAAGAAACUAAAUUCUCCUGAAAAAAUUUUUUUUUUUCAUGGCUCUUCAUUGAUUGAAAAAGAUGGAAAUCGGUGGUGAAGUAUGAUAAAGAGCGACAAAGUUCGCGCUGUCCUCGCCUCGCAGGUCGUAGCGGCCCCUCGACAGUCUCUCCUCUGUUGAUGCAUUGUUACGUCUCUUUGAACGUUACAUGUGCAGCGAACAGCAGAAUCUUGUUUCACAGAAACGGUUUUUUUUGUAUGUCGUUAUUUUCCCAAACAAAAAUCUUUAAUGCUCUAUAGUGCUACGAGUGGUCAUAAACUCCACAGGGUGCCUUUGAUUUUUGGACCGUAUGGCACAUACAAACUGGAGGCAUCAGUGAAACACAUGAGAAGUAGUUGUUGUCGUGUUGAUAAUUUAGAAUUCAUCGCUUUAAAUUAUGAUCACAGAACAUUUGUCCAUGUUUCGGUUUGUUUUGACCAUUUUUUCCUGGUUGAUGUCCCGUGUAGAUUAUUGUACAAAAUGAUUUAGCUGAGAAAAAAGUUUGUUUUUUUUAAUUUUUUUUUUUAAAGGGAGCGGAGGAGAUUUAAAGAGCGGCACACACACACACAUACACAGUUGGGGAGGAGAUUAUUAUGAAUGUGUGGUGUGUGUGUGUGUGUGUGUGUGUGUGUGCUUUGGUUAUUAAUCAUAGGAUAUAUAAUAUAGAUACUAUAUGAAGCCAUACAAAUUUAACUUAUUGUAUACUUUAAAGCUAUGAAAGGACUGUGAUAAUAAAUAAAGGUCAUUGGAACCGAAGCGAUUCUGUUAAUGAUGACUUCCUUUGCUGUUUACACAUUUCUGUAAUGAAAACAUCUUAUCAUGUGCUGCCGUCGAUGCUUUUUACUGCGCUGUGACUCAAAAUCAACCCAACGGAUUCUUCGCCAAAAUGCUCCUGAUCGUUUUGAGUGUCGACCUCAGCUGGAGGUGCGACGGUUAAAGACGAUGGUUUCUCCUACAGAUCUGGAAUCUGUGCGUUUGAUCCAACAAAUAAGGGAAUGUGAAAAAUGUGCAAAUGUCUACAAGAUUUUUUUUUUAAUGCAUUUGACCUUCUCCUCUUUGUGUUUUCUAUCCAUUUUCCUUUUGAUAUACAUAAUGUUUGUCAAUGUAUAUGCAUUUUUUUUACUCCAUGUGGGUUCACUGUAUCUGUGGCACAAGAGCUUUUUUUAUGUAAUCAUUGUUUCUUUCUCCAUUUUAAUUUUUGUAAAAAAAAAAAAAAGAUGU